AUGUUAGAAGACAUCAGUGGGAGAACAUCAGACAUGUAUGGGUUCAUCAACAGCUGCCUCCAGUCUCUGAUAAUAGAGAAGUUUGGUCAGGAGAUCUGGGACAAACUCAGUUCUCUGUCAGGAGUCCAGGAUUCAUUCAUGACGUAUACGGUAUAUGAUGAUGUUCUCACCGUCAGCCUGGUGCAGGAGGUCUGCUCACUAAUGGGAAUCUCUGCCGAUGCAUUUCUGAAGCUUUUUGGGGAACAUUUUUUUAGUUUCUGUAAGGAAGCAGGUUACGACACCAUGCUGAGGACACUGGGAGGAAAUCUCACUGAAUUCAUUGGAAAUCUGGACGCUCUCCAUAGUUACCUGGCUCUGUCAUAUCUGGAAAUGAAUGCACCAUCUUUUCGAGUGGAGACGACAGAGGAUGGGGAGAUGUUACUCCACUACUAUUCUGACCGGAGGGGCCUGUUCUACAUCGUACCUGGUAUCAUGGAGGCGGUCGCCAGAGAGUUCUUUGACAGUAAUGUGAGCAUGGAGGUGUUGAACCAGUGUGAAGAAGAUGAGCGCACUGGGAAGAAGGAGCACGUUGUGUUUCUUGUUAAACAAACCAGCAAGACCAAAGACCAGGAGAAGUCCUGUGGACCAGCAGUGGGUGUUGGUGGACGUCCAUUUGAUUUUUCUCAGGAGGAAUUCUACAGAAAACUGAGAGCCAGGAGUUCAUCCCUGGCUGGGAAAAGGAGAGGCUGGAACCUGAUCAGAGCCGCGGUUCUGUCACAGAAAGACAUCCUCCAGAGAACCUUCACUCCAUGCUACCCAGACAAGCUGUGGAUGGAAGAGAAAUGUUUCUGCAAUGCUUUUCCUUUCCACAUCAUCUUUGAUGCAGAUCUGAAGGUAAAGCAGACAGGAGUGAACAUCCAGAAGUUUGUUCCUAGUCUGAAGGCUCCAGGGGCCAAACUGGACCAGUUCUUCUCCAUUAUACACCCACAGGUGACUCUGACCAUUGAAAGCAUCAGGAAAUUCAUCAACAGUCAGUUUGUCUUGAAGAGCUACAGGGACAAACAGACGCUCAAACUGAGAGGUCAGAUGCUGUGGAUGGAGUCUCUUGGCUGUAUGCUGUAUCUCUGUUCUCCAAAGCUCAGAAGCCUCCAGGAGCUUCAGGAUGUCGGCCUUCACCUGGCUGACCUCGCCCAGCACGACGUCACCAGAGACCUGGUUCUUCUCAACCAGCAACGUCAGGCUGAGAUGGCGCUCACCAACCAGCUGGAGAGGAAGAAGGAGGAACUGAGGAUCUUGUCACAGCAUCUGGAGACUGAGAAACAGAAGACGGAGACACUUCUGUACGCCAUGCUUCCACGCCACAUCGCUAACCAGCUGAAAGAUGGGAAGAGUGUGGAGGCAGGGGAGUUUGAAGUCUGCACUAUCUUGUUCAGUGAUGUGGUGACCUUCACUAACAUCUGCGCUGCCUGUGAACCCAUCCACGUCGUUCACAUGCUCAACUCCAUGUACUCCAAGUUUGACAGACUCACCAACAUACAUGACAUCUAUAAGGUUGAGACUAUCGGUGAUGCCUACAUGGUGGUUGGUGGCGUUCCAGUCCCGACAGAAACCCAUGCUCACAGAGUGGCCAACUUCGCUCUGGGAAUGAGGACCGCUGCCAGAGAAGUCACCAACCCUGUAACAGGAAAACCCAUACAGAUCAGAGUGGGUCUGCACACCGGCCCUGUGUUGGCCGGGGUGGUGGGCCAGAAGAUGCCUCGCUACUGCCUGUUUGGAGAUACCGUUAACACCGCCUCCAGGAUGGAGAGUCACGGUCUACCUGACCACAUUCACCUGAGCUCCUCCACGUACAGAGAAUUAAAGGAUGCAGGGUUCGACUUAGAGGAGCGAGGGCAGGUGGAGGUGAAGGGGAAAGGCCAGAUGACCACCUACUUCCUACUGGGGAACCUGCUGCUGUCGGACGACGGCAUCAUGGGAAGAGAGGCGGGAAGGAACCGACUUUACAGGGAGGAGCUUCAUGGUCAGAGCAAUAAAGAGCCUGAUCUGAAAACUGAUGCUGAGUGCAGAGACUCGUCCAUCGUCCCAGAUAACUCUGGCUCAGAUGAAAUCACCCCGUUUUUCUGGGAUGUCACCCCUCCAUACGACACCAAUGAGAGCAGCUACAACAAACCGACACACAAUAACAGCAAACUCUGUGUCUUACUUUAACUGCUGCUGCCUCGUAGGACUCCUUCAGGAUUCAGUUCAGGGUUCUGCUCCUCCAACAACACAAACAAAAGAGACACAGAUUAGUUAUAGUUCUAAAUCGGACUACAUUUAUAGUGUUUACUCUGGAACACAUGGCAGUUAGCAGCACAAACAGCAGCUCUGAAGGUUCAUCUGUCAGAUUAGAGCUUUAAUGCAGGAACACAUGAUGACUAAAUGGAACAUGUGCAGACUGAAGAGGUAAAAUAACCUUUAAUUAUGUCCACUUACUAAAGCUGCAACAUUCUGAGUAAUUAACCUCAAACACGG